UGACCAUGGCGGCACCCGGGGACCCGAGGCGGCUCUUCAGGCUGGUGCAAGAAGGCCGGCUGUGCAUCCUGCGGGAGGAACUGCAGAGACUUGGGGGCGCUGGCUGCCCCGGGCUAGCGGGCGACACCUUGCUGCAUUGCGCGGCCCGUCACGGGCGUCGGGACAUUCUUGCCUGUCUGGCUGAGGACUGGGACUUGGACAUCGAGUCGGCCAACCGAGACUACAAGCGGCCUCUACACGAAGCUGCCUCCAUGGGCCACCGGGACUGCGUGCGGUACCUGCUGUGCGGGGGAGCCAUGGUCGACUGCCUGAAGAGGGGUGACUGGACUCCUCUGAUGAUGGCUUGCACAAGGAAGAAUCUUGGGGUGAUCCAGGACCUUGUGGAACAUGGUGCAAAUCCACUUCUGAAGAACAAAGAUGGCUGGAACAGCUUCCACAUUGCCUGCCGAGAAGGUGACCCUCAAAUCCUCCAGUAUUUGCUCACUGUUUGCCCAGAUUCCUGGAAGACAGAGAGCAAAAUUGGCAGAACUCCUCUGCACACGGCAGCAAUGCAUGGCUGUUUAGAAGCAGUAAAGGUGCUUCUUCAGAGGUGUCAGUAUGAACCAGACUGCAGAGACAAGUGUGGCCUCACACCCUUUAUGGAUGCAAUUCAGUGUGGAUACAUCAACAUAGCCAGGCUGCUCCUUGAAAAACAUAAGGCUUGCAUUUCUGCUGAGGAUUCCCUGGGGGCCCAGGCUAUACACAGGGCAGCAGUCACUGGGCAGAAUGAAGCCAUCCGAUUCUUGGUCUCUGAACUUGGCAUUGAUGUAGAUGUGAGAGCUACAUCAACCCACCUCACAGCACUUCAUUAUGCAGCUAAGGAAGGACACGUGAGCACAGUUCAGAUGCUCGUAUCCUUGGGUGCUGACAUUAACUGUAAAGAUGAAAGAAAUCGAUCAGCCCUGCACCUGGCCUGCGCAGGUCAGCACGUGGCCUGUGUCGAGCUUCUUCUGCGGUCUGGGCUGAGGGACUCUGCAGACAUCACAGGCACCCUGGCUCAGCAGCUCACACGGAGCGCAGACAUCCUUCGGCGCUUCAGCCACAGUGUGACAGCAUGAAGCUGUUUCUAAACAAAGGCAAUAAACUCAUGGUAACUUCUAUCCUGCUGUUUAGUCUUUACCAGGUUCAGUGAAAUCUCUGCCCUCCCUCUCCUACACUCUCUACUGCAUCUGAAAUUUGCAGAAGAUGUGGACAUUGGCUGCCUAGCUGGGGACAGGCACACUCAGAAUCUCUCCUUACCUGCAUUUCAUCAUGGCCUUCAAGUAGACUAGGUGUUUGUGAAGUCAGUGUCUGGGCUCCUUAGAGAAGCAUGUAAUGUGCAUGAAUAUAAUAUAGUAUACAUACUUUUAUAUAUGUAUGUUUGUGUAUGUGAAAUGUUUUAUGGUAAAUAUUAUAUGGUUAGGCAAUAAUAACAUUUAAAAUAUAACAGAUUACUAUUAGCUUGAAUAAAUAAUUGGCCUAUUUACUUUCUUUCAUAGUCAUUUUCUUGGUUGUUACAAUGGUUUUAGUUGUAGCCAGGAAAGAAGUGCUUACAAUCUGUUUUAUUUACACAGACAUUUGCAAGGAAUUAAUGAAAACAUUUCUGUAUUCUAGGCACUGCUAGUUAAGCUAUGCUUUGAUCUUGAGGUUAUUAUUUUUUUUAUUAGACAAGUUCUAUAUUUAGUCCCUUAGGAAAAUAAAUACACCUAAAAAUGCAUCUAAGAUAUUUUCAGAACUUUUCUAUUACCUCAGUGAGGAAUGGGGUUUGUUGUUGAAGCCUGCAGGGUGCAUCUGUCCCAUGCCACCUGCCGCUGAAGCCUGUGACUGUGAAGGAAUGAACACUUGAUGUUGUACCUUCUAAAAAAUUUGUAGCAGUUUAAACAUAUUAAAAAUAGGAUGAGUCCUCAGGCA